AUGAAUUUGAUAUUUCUUCGUACUGGUGUAGCAGCAAAUACUUCAUCUGGUUUUUGUCUAUUUUGGAUACUUUCUGUAUGUACUUUUAAUGUAAUCGGGAUCUUAUUAAUGACAUUUGCUUCAAUUGAACGUUAUAUGUUUAUUUUUCAUACUGCAAUAAUUAAUCGUCAUUCAAUUCUAUUGAGACAUAUACCUAUUACUCUUUGUUUUAUUUACCCUUUAUUAUAUUUUAUUGGAAUUAUUUUACUUUUGCCUUGUCAUAAUCAAUUUAUUUAUUUCGCAUAUUUAUGUUCGGGUGGCUGUUAUCUUAAUGAUCCAUUUUGGAAUACAAUGACAUGGGUUGGUAAUAUUAGUUUACCGAUAUUUAUCAUAUUAUUUAUUAAUAUUCUAUUAAUUACUCGUACAAUUUAUCAAAAAAAUAAAAUGAAACAAACACAUGUGUGGCUUAAAAAUCGAAAAAUGGCUUUACAAUUAGUAUUUGUUGCUGCACUUUAUUGUUUCACUUGGCUUCCUAGUGUUAUUCUCAUAUUGAUUGUUACAUUUCCUCCUCCAAAUGUUAAUACAUCACAAAUAUUUUUCAUAUUUCAAUAUGUUGUCUUUAUGACUAAUUUUACGCCUCUAUUCUAUCCUUUUGUUUGCCUUGCUGGACAACCAUUUAUAUUAAACAAAAUUAAACGUAUUUAUCAACGAGGACAUCCAGUAGUUCCUAUUCAAUUAGCUAAAAAAAUCCAUCGGUUUUAA